AUGGCAGUCAGUCAGUCAGUGGUUGCACGCACUAAUGCGGAGAAGCCUCAUGGCUUGAAGGGAUUCGUCUCCAAUCCCUAUGUGUUCUUCACUUGCUUGUUUGCCUCGCUGGGUUGUAUGAUGUACGGUUAUGAUCAGGGUGUGAUGAGUCCUGUUCUGGUCAUGGAGAACUUCGAGAACCACUUCCCCACGUUCCAGAACUCCACCCUGCAGGGCUGGCUGGUGUCGGCCCUCGAGCUGGGUGCGUGGGCGGGUGCGCUGAUCAACGGUGUGUUGGCUGAUCGCAUCUCGCGCAAGUAUGCCAUGAUGACUGCCGUUAUCAUCUUCACCCUGGGCACUGGUCUUCAAGCCGGAGCUCAGAACCCGGCUUACUUCUUCGCCGGUCGUAUCAUCGGUGGUGUUGGCAUUGGUAUGUUCAGCAUGGUUAUCCCGCUGUACCAGGCUGAAAUUGCUCCGCCUGAGUUGCGUGGAUCUCUCGUUUCUCUCCAGCAGCUGUCCAUUACGGUCGGUACUGCCAUUGCCUUUUGGCUCGACUAUGGAAUGCAGUUCGUUGGCGGUGUCAACUGUAACCCCGAGGGAAUCACUGAUGCCUACCUCGCGGACGGGACGUUUAAUGCUGCGCUAACCCAUGGCCACACAUGCCUGGGUCAGAAGACUAUCUCGUGGAGACUGCCCCUGGCUUUGCAAAUCAUUCCGGCUUGGAUCCUCUUCUUCGGUCUCUUCUUCUUCCCCUUCUCGCCCCGUUGGUUGAUGAUGAAGCACCGUGACGAUGAGGCCAAGGCUGUUAUUUCGAAGCUGCGUCGUCUGCCUGCGAACGAUCCUCUGGUCCGCGCGGAAUAUCUGGAGAUCAAGGCUGCUGUCAUGUUUGACGAGGAGACUGAGCGGGAAGUGGUUGGUACGGGCGGCGCACUCGCUCCCUGGAAGGCACUCUUUGCUCCCAACAUGAUCAAACGGUUGACUCUGGGAUGCGGUAUGAUGAUCUUCCAACAGUUCACUGGUAUCAACGCCGUGCUUUACUACGCACCGCAGAUCUUUUCCUCGUUCGGAUUCUCCUCCACGAAGCAAACCCUUCUCGCCACAGGUGUCACCGGUAUCCUGCAAAUCAUCUUCACCCUUCCUUCCGUCCUAUACCUUGAUAAAUUCGGCCGAAAGACCUUCCUCAUCGUUGGUGCCACAGGCAUGUUCCUUUGCCAUAUCGUGGUGGCCAUCGUUGAGGGUAUCUACGAGGACCAGUGGAGCCUGAACGAAGGAUUGGCCAAAUCCCAGGGCUGGGUUGCCAUUGCUUUCAUCUGGCUCUUUGCCAUCAACUUUGCUUACUCCUGGGGUCCCGUCACUUGGGUAUUGGCUCAAGAGAUCUUCCCCAACAGCCAGCGCUCGCGUGGUGUUUCCAUCGUUGCUUCUACCAACUGGAUGUUCAACUUCGUUAUUGGACUCACUACCAAGGAUAUGCUGGACUCGAUGAAGUAUGGAACAUACAUCUUCUUUGCCAUCUUCAGCGCUAUGGGAGGUCUCUUUGUCUGGAAGUUUGCCCCUGAGACGAAGGACAAGACUCUUGAGGAACUUGAUGUCUUCUUCGGUGGUGAGAUUAACAGUAUCGCCGAGGCUGAUCGUCUGCGCAUGAUGCGUAUCAACGAGAGCCUGGGACUUGCUGGUGUGGAGAAUUUGGAGGAUCUCAAGGCUGAGAAGCAAGUCAUCACUGACCAUGUCGAGGUUGAGUCUCACACGGCAUGA